AUGUCGUACGCGACGCGGUCGCUGUCAACGCAGCAUUUGCGUGGCCCCAGCGGAUCGUCCUCGACGAGCUCCCAGUCACCAGCGCUGGUGGCACGAAUCGAAGAGAAAAAAGGGGAGCUUCAACAUCUUCAAGAGCUGCGGGACCUGAGCGCCUCCGUGGCGACGCAGAUGGAGGCGCUGGAGCGGAAGUUAUCGACCUUGUCCGAGGGCACCGAGGCGACUGACGACGAGCCGAUAGCAAUCGCGGCCGUCAUGAGCAACUGGCAUAAUGUGCUACGAGCGAUCAACAUGGCCUCGGGUCAUGUCAUGUUAACAGCAUCUUCGGCAGCAUCGCUGGCGGGACCGUCUGGUGCAGGCGAUGAAUCGGCCGAGCCGCUCCCCCAGACGCUCGUUCGCAUCCCUACGGAGCACGCACCGACACUUCAGGCACAAGCAGAGGCAGCGGAAGCAGCCGUCGCCGCCGCCGCCACCGCCGAUGACGACGACGAGACGACAUCGAACCCCUAG